GGGCUGCAGCCUGCGGCGGCACGGAGGCUCCGGCUCCGCUCCCCGGCGGGCUGCGAGAGGGUCUGUGACAAUGGAAGAAGAGGUCCAUCAUCGAGAAGCCUGAACAGUGAUACCAGGACAGCUCUUUGAGACACUGGCAAUACGAGCCUGAGAUACAGAACACAGCAAACAUGCUGAAGCCAAGUGGACUUAAAAUCCCCGGCAGGGCUGGGAAACACUCCAGCCCAGUGGGACGGGCAUCAGGGACCACUGCAGCUGCCAUCACCACUGGUUCAAAAGAAGGCUCACCUUUACACAAGCAGGGUACCACCUCCACCACCAGCGCUGAGAAGUCGGGUUCAAAGGUUGCCGAGGUGGGCGAUGAUUUCCUGGGAGACUUUGUGGUGGGCGAACGUGUCUGGGUAAAUGGAGUGAAGCCAGGUGUGAUCCAGUAUCUUGGGGAGACGCAAUUUGCUCCGGGCCAGUGGGCAGGGGUCGUUCUGGAUGACCCGGUGGGUAAGAAUGACGGCUCUGUCGGUGGAGUACGUUACUUUGAAUGCCAGCCGCUGCAGGGGAUUUUUACGCGACCGUCCAAGCUGACGCGGCAGCCGGUGGCCGAGGGCUCGGGGAGCGACGCCCCCUCCGUGGACUCCCUGACGGCUCAGAACUUGUCACUGCACUCGGGGACGGCCACGCCACCUCUCUCCACUCGCGUCAUCCCCCUGCGGGAGAGCGUCCUGAACAGCGCCAUGAAGACGGGCAACGAGUCUGGAUCUAACCUCUCGGACAGUGGGUCUGUGAAAAAAGGGGAGAAGGACUUACGGCUUGGAGAUCGCGUGCUGGUUGGUGGGACAAAGACAGGAGUUGUGCGCUACGUGGGAGAGACGGAUUUUGCCAAAGGCGAGUGGUGUGGUGUGGAGCUGGAUGAACCCCUGGGGAAGAACGACGGGGCGGUUGCUGGUACAAGGUAUUUUCAGUGCCCUCCCAAGUUUGGCCUCUUUGCUCCCAUCCACAAGGUGAUCCGGAUCGGGUUCCCAUCAACCAGCCCUGCCAAGGCAAAGAAGAGCAAACGAAUGGCCAUGGGAGUGUCUGCCUUAACCCACAGCCCCAGCAGCUCCUCCAUCAGCUCCGUCAGCUCAGUGGCAUCGUCUGUUGGGGGCAGGCCCAGCCGCAGCGGGUUGCUGACAGAGACCUCCUCUCGAUAUGCCCGAAAAAUCUCUGGCACCACAGCUCUCCAGGAGGCACUGAAGGAGAAGCAGCAGCACAUCGAACAGCUACUGGCAGAGCGUGACCUGGAGCGGGCUGAGGUUGCCAAAGCCACCAGCCACAUCUGUGAGGUGGAGAAAGAGAUUGCCAUCAUGAAGGCCCAACACGAGCAGUACGUCACGGAGGCAGAAGGAAACCUCCAGCGAGCACGAGCCUUGGUGGAUGGGAUGCAGAAGGAGAAGAUUGAGCUGUUGAACCAGCUGGAAGAGGAGAAGAGGAAAGUGGAGGACUUGCAGUUCCGUGUGGAGGAAGAAUCCAUUACGAAGGGGGAUCUGGAGUUAACCACGGUAGCAGAGAAGUCCAGAAUCCUGCAGCUGGAGGAGGAGCUGAGCCUCAGGCGCAGCGAGGUGGAUGAGCUUCGGCAGUGCCUCAGGAGCUCUCACCAAGCAGAGACCCCUGAGCAUAGUCUUGGCUUGCAGUCAGAGGCUCUUCGUCUACGAGAUCAACUGCUGUCUGCCAACAAGGAGCAUCAGAAGGAGAGCAGCCAGCUAAAGGAGAAGUACGAGAAGACAUUAAAGAAGUACCAGCAGGAGAUGGAGAAGCUGAAAUCUGUCAAUGAGAAGUACUCGCAGGAAAUCGUUGACCUAAAGCAUAAAGUUCAGCAAGCCACUAACGAGAACAUGGGGCUCAUGGACAACUGGAAGUCCAAGUUGGACACGUUAGCUUCUGACCACCAGAAGUCUCUGGAGGACCUGAAAGCCACAUUGAACACAGGCCCCGACACCCAGCACAAGGAGAUCGUGGAACUGAAGGCAGUGGUGGAGAGUAUAAAGAUGGAGCACCAGCUUGAGUUGGAGAACCUGAAAGCAAAGCAUGACAUUGAGACGGCUGUUCAUAUGAAGGAGAAAGAGAGUCUCAAACUGAAGUUGCAGGAGGCUGUGGAUGAAGUGGAAAAAAGCAACAGCAACUGGAAAAUGCAACUAGAAACCAAAAGCAAUCAGCACCUUCUUGAGCUCCAAGAUAUGAAGGACAAGUGUCGAGAUGCUGAGCUGAGGGUGCAUGAACUGGAGAAACUUCAUGGUGAAUAUAAAGAUCAGACACAAGCGAUAGCUUUCUUGAAAGAGCAGAUUUCUUUGGCUGAGAAGAAGAUGUUGGACUAUGAAACAUUACAGAAAACAGAAGCCCAGAGCAAACAGGAGAUCCACAGAUUGCAGGAAAAAGUGCUUGUCUUAGAGAACAAGCUGCAGUCCAUGGAGGCCCUGCAUCCUUCUCAGCAUGCAAAUAUGAUUGAAACUAAUGAUAUUUCAGAAGAAAAGAUAAAGAUGAAGCAGACUAUGGAAGACCUCCAAGACAAGCUGAGUAAAAGAGACAAGGAGGUGUCAUCACUGGUGUCCCAGACUGAAACUCUAAGGGCCCAAGUAAGUGCUUUGGAAAAUAAAUGCAAAACAGCAGAAAAGAAGGCCGAUUCGGUGUUAAAAGAAAAGAAGAGGCUGGAAGGUGAACUGGAAGCCUUGACCAAGAAAACACACGAUGCUUCAGGGCAACUGGUCCUGAUUAGCCAGGAGCUACUCAAGAAGGAAAGGAGCCUGAACGAGCUGAGAGCGUUGUUACUGGAGGCAAACCGGCACUCACCUGGGCCAGAGCGGGACCUAAGCCGGGAAGUGCACAAAGCUGAGUGGCGGCUGAAGGAACAGAAGCUCAAAGAUGACAUCAAGGGGCUGCGAGAGAAACUGGUCAUGCUGGACAAGGAAAAAUCAGUAACGGAUCAGCGGCGAUACUCCCUGAUCGACCCCUCGUCAGAGUCGGAAGUGAUCCGGCUGCAGCACCGGCUCGUCAGCACGGAGGAUGUGCUGCGCAAUGCGCUGGAGCAGGGCCACCAGAUGGAGAAGCUCAUGGAAGCGAUGAGGCUCUCCUCCGAGAAAACACAGACUGUUGGAAAUUCUGGGUCUGCUAACGGGAUUCACCAGCAGGAUAAAUCCCACAAGCAAGAGGAGAAGCUCUGAUAGAGAAGAGUUGAAGAGGAUCAUUUCACGCCAGUAUCAGCUCCUGUGCACAGUCAGGAAAAACAAUACCACAUCUGGCUUUAGCACCUCCGAAAGACCAGAUACAGUAUUUUCACUUUAAAGCAGGACAAUGUUUAUAAUAUACUAACUGAUGUAAUCAGGACAAUCCUGGAGUCCAGUUUUCCAAGACAGCCAUUGUUCCAGGAGGGAGCAGAAAGAUCUCUCUGGGUUUGGUUUCUUACUUGUAUUGGUUUUGACUGUGGAAUUUGUAUUGCUUGAGCUGCCCUUGUCCCACCAGCUGACGUGGUCUGGAUGACAGCUGCCCCGAGCGGUGGCUGAAGUGUCAGCGAGUCCCAGUAACCCCACAGGAGCUGCAAAGGGAUUUGCUUGUGGUGUUCAACUCCAAAGCGCGUGCCCAGAGGCUGCACGCUUCCCCUGUGGUCUGUCCCUUCCCUUCCACCCAGCCUGGUGUCUUGAAGACCUGCACAAGCGAGUGAAACCUGCUGGGCUGACUGCUCACGCUGGCACGCGUAGGCUGAGGAAGACAGGGUGUGGGGACGUGUUUCCCUCCUCGCCUUCUAGAAGACAUCGCUGUUCUAGAGCACGGAGGCUGCACCUAGUACUUGUAUCAUAGCAUGUCGUGGGAAAUAAUCCGGUUUCAGAGGGAUAUUUAUUUCGUUUCUCACCCACUGCUGUUUGGGGAAGGAGCUAUGGUGGCUGUGAGUUUGCGGACGGGCACACCUCGCUCAGAUGUGGUUGGCCUUUCUUUCUGCAGAGCGAUUGCUGAGCAGGCCUGCCAAUGCCCUGGGCCACAGCCAGGCUGCCCAGCCCGGUCCCCCUCACUAGUAUGUGUUUUAUUGGGUCUUUUUUGAGCACAGGACUCCACAGGACGGCUGGAUCUCAGCAUCGCUGGCCUGAGAGCUCCAUACUGGCUGCAGUCAGUGUGGGACAGAUGCCUUAAGGAGAUCGUUCCCUCCUUGCCUGUUUAAUUUAACAGCUAAUCAGGGAUUGCCUGGCCAUUCUCCAGAGCUAUCCUUGGCUCUUCAGUAUGAUGCCCAUCCCCUACUACCAGGAAUGGAGUAGGCUAAGGUGCUCCUGUGAGCAUUCAUGCAGUAGUGGCUGCCUGUAUUUGAUGGGUACAGCAAUCCUCUGUGCAUGACCUGAGUACGAGCUUUUGGAGCAGAAAGAAUCCAAGGCUGGAGCCCACACAGCUCUUGUGUCCGUACACAGCAGUGCAGGCCCAGGCAAGGGUCUUGUUCCUUCUUCCGAAGGCUUUACUCUUCUGUUCAACUUUGCACCACAGCUCCCAAGGGACAUUAGGGUGGAGGAAGGGGACAAUAUGCUCUUAAAGGUGUGAGAGAGUCCAGUUCAGAUUCACUGUUGAAUACCACAGGGAAGAGUCACAGCAAUAUUUUACCAGGCUUCCCCUAGUUAGUGCCUGACUCCUCCAGUCUUCAGAAGCUCUUGUGUCAUGAGGGGGCAUCUGUGAAAGAGAACAAGACAGAAGAGACCACGGAGAGAGGAGAUCUGAGCCAGACGACAGGCAGAUGAACAUCACGGCAUGUCAGCUUCAUUGCUUUUUGCCCUGAUUUCCUACAAACUUGUGUUACUUGUUCUUAGUGGGUUGCCAGACUCCUACUUCCUUGAAGGAUGGGCAGCCAGAAGCAACCUGGGAAAGACUUGGGCUUCCUGGCUGCAAUUCUGCCAUGAGGAGGACGUUGCUGAAUCUGGGCUACGAUACAAUACUGGACCCUGCUCACUUGUUGCAGGAUUGGUGCGCUCUGUCCGUUCAAAGGGAGAGGAAGGUGACUUCAGGGGAGUAAAGCAGGUCAGAAAACACAGCUUAAAUCUGGCGCGUGGCAGGGGGAGGCAGAGCUUGGGAUCUAAUUGGCUGGAAAUAAUUCAAGUGGGAUCCCGUCCUGCCUUGUAGAAGUGUUUCGUCAGCUCUUACUAAUCACCAGGAAGAUUGCCACAUCUCUGCCUAGCUCUGAGACUUUCCCAAGGGAUCAUAGGGGUGGUCUCCAAAAUUCUCCUGGUUGCUGUAUUCAUCUCCUAAGCAAUUUAGGAAAAUCCCAGAGGGCACGUUCGUUGUUACAGCCCGUGACAGUGAAUACCUCACUGGGAGCUGCUGUUUUUAAGAAUUUAGGGCUGGUGUUUCCCACAGUGCUUCUGUUGGCUGGAUGGUCUCUGAAGUCACGUCUGCAGCUCCCACUGGCUUGAGUGGAGCUAACAGUGUUUCUUGCAGCGCCGCCUGCCUCCAAGCCCAGAGCUUCCCGGGCACCGGCCGGUGGGAGAGCCCGUUCUGGUUUGUAACUUAUUUUCCCUGAUAGGUCUUCUAGUGACUUGUGACCAGCUGCCUUCAUCUACAGAGGAAGGGUACCUGCAUUUUCCACCACCCUCGAUGAACCUUUGGCUCUGCACAGGGCGGGAUCCCCCAGGAGCAGUUAUGGGGACCAUGUAUUUGGUUCCAUGAAUCAGAUCCAAAGUUGUCAGGGUGGCAGUGGUUCAGGCUGGAGGAGUCUCUGGCUCCUGUCUCCUCCCAGGGACCAUCCCCUGUGAGUGGCUCAGACCUGUGGCUCUUCCCAGUCAGCUUGGGUGACAACGCAGAACAGCAGCAGAUGGGUCAGAGCAGGUUUAAGGUUAGUGCUGAUGGUCGUCUCUGGCUGUAAAUAGCUGUGCUGGUCCCUACGGAUCAGCCAGGAGCUGAUGGCACUUCUUGGCUUUCUGCGGAGGCUGCGUGGUCUUUGUGUUGCAGGGCUGUACCGAAACAGGCAGCGGGGUGAAGCCAGGUCCCCUGUGUCCCCACCCACCUUGGGGUGCAGGUUCAUGGGAGCUGCUCCCCAAACAGGACCGACUACAGUGUCAACAGGACAUGCUAUCACAUGUGUCAUCUGGGUUUCAGCUCAACCCUGUAUAAAGUGCCCAGGAGGGGGUUUGGACACCAGCCAUGUCCUCCCUCUCCAAAACUGGCACAGGCUUCCCAAGGGCACCUGCCUCUGGCUGCCCUUCUGAGGUUGUAAGAGACCAAACUAGGGACAAACUUGGAAAGGACAAGGAGGAGAUUCCCCAGCCCCUCUAUUUAUUUGUAAGUUUAAGUGCUAUUUUUGCCUAUGUGGUGGUGUAUAAAGUACUUCACGAUAUUUGGUCUUACUGGCUUGGUUCUUUGGGGGAGAUUUUCAAGGGCGUUGGAGCACUGAUGCACCCAUCUCCUGUUGCUGGUCAGGGGCUGGUUCCUGUUUGUGCCUUCGCUCCCCCUUCGGCUUCAGCCUUGCUCUUACCUCGAUCCCCAAGAGCUGGUACGGGGGGGCUGUGUUCUCCCCAGCCCCUCUCCCAGCUUGUGCGUGCCGUGCUGGUUUGGCAUCUGGAGCUGAGACCCGAGCAUCAUGCCUCAGAGCACCAGUGCAGGGUGGGGAGCAGGAGGUAGCGCACUGCUGGAGCCCUUGGCACCGAGGGAAGGAGCGGCACCCCGGUUGUGAGACCACCCCAACAGUUAGUGAUGCUUUUCUGCUGAAAGCUGAGACAUUAUCCAGUGAAAAAAGUCUUUGAAAUGGAGACUGCUCCGUGUUUAGUGAUUUCUUCUCUAACCCUCUAGACCAAAGGAAAAGAAUCGGGCUUGGUUGGUGAUUUCAGCUUUAUCCCUCCUACAGCAUCCGGAGAGCUGGAGCAAGGGGCAGCACCGCGCCGGUGCCGUACUGAAUGAUGGGUGCAAAGUUGCCAGCCAAGGCUUUACAGCUCCUGCCUACCCCCAGCCACCAGCGGUUCCUCUGGCUUGCAGUAGAGAUGCAUGAGGGUUUCAUUAAAACAAAAUGAUGCAAAUGACACUGUAAAAGUCUUAACAAAAAUUCCAGUACUCUGUUGUUCGGCAGCUUUAGCAGCUCAACACUAUCUUGUAGGGAGUUAUUAAUACACUAAGAUCCUAUAGGCCUCAUGUAAGUUACCAGAAUAAAGACAAUACUAGAUGUAUAAAUGGAUGAUAACCUUUUACCCGUACAGUAUGUAUUACAAUUUUGUAGCUUAGUCAUUUUUUGGCUAUCAGAUUUUGUUAGUAUGAUAUAAAAAAAAAAAAAGACCAAAAAAAAAAAAGGUUUGACUGCUAAUGUCUAUUUUGUUAUUUGAUUCAUUUUAUUUCUUCCUCUGUACAAAAGCUGUACAAAUCUCAGUCUGUGUAACUACUACAGAUAUGUAUUCAUGUACCAUCCACCCCUGUCCUGGCUUGCUGGUGUGGUGAGCUCGUUACUAAACAAUAAAAUCUGUGGCUGAA